AUGCUUCAACCAGGUAGCCCAGGAUGUCCCUUCCGCUACUUCGGAGAUAUUGAUGAGCGCCUUCUCCCAGGUCUGGUAGAGGGGGAGUUCUUCGGGGCUCUCAUUCGGGAGUCAGUAAAGAAUUUUGAUGAGAUGCUAGGGAAGGCAGCCAGCUAUAUCAAUGUAGAAGAAGCCCAGGCAGCUCGGUGGAAAGCAGACAAGGUGCAUGCUCUUGCCAACAAGUCAGAGAGCAAGUCGUCCCAACCUCUCGCUCAGCCUUUUCCUCGCUCUAAGGAUGCCCGACCAGGCUUUCCACCCGAUCCAAUUUCCAAGACGGCUCAGAGGGUAGAAGCUAUCCAAGCCCCCAAACCAGGUCAGUGGGGGCCCUGCUAUUGUACUUACCACAGGUCCCACACCCGCUCCACUAGAGAUUGCGUCCAGUUCGCUUGUGACUCUCGUCGCACAGUAGAACUUGGCCUACCUCCACUCGAGAUUGCGCCCAAGCUUCAAAGGUUGAUGCCCAACCACCCUGUUGCAACAGGUCACUCAGGUAGAUCCCUGCCUGAAAAUGCAGGUCAGGGAAGCCAGCAGCCAUGCCAAGGUAAAGAGCAAACAAAAAUCCUUGAGGAAGAAAAUAGGAGAAAUGUCGUCAUUCGAGAGAUCGACAUGAUCUCUGGAGGACCCACAGAUGGAGACUCUGCCAGGGCCCGGAAGUCUCAUGAACGCCACUUAGAAAUACAUGCGUUGGGAUGCAGCCGGGAGCAAGCUGUCGAGCCCGUGAUCAGCUUCGGGCCGCAUGAUCUAGAAAGGUCGGAGCUCCUGCAUGAUGAUGUCCUAAUAAUUAAAGCAAUCAUAGCCAACAACUAUGUGGCCAGAGUUUUUGUUGAUACCGGAAGCUCUAUCAACGUGCUAUUCAAGAAUGCAUUCGAUGGCAUGCAAAUCGAUGCCAGUGAGCUCUAG